UGUGCUUGUGAAUCAUUGCUGACAACUUAUAUAAAAAACUCUUCUGAAAACCUUCAGAAACAAAUAUAUUUCCGCAAAUUUUUAUGAUUCUAACAGGAUGAACCAAUACUGCUUUAUAUGUAAUUCGAGAGCUGGAAUUUCUUUGCGAAAUGCUGUUAAUAUAUUUGGAGAAAAUAAUUUGCAACAAUCUGGUAAAUCUAUGGUUAAUAUUCUAAGUGAAAUUCUGGACAAAGAGAUCAAAGAAAAAAAUAUACAUUCGAAGAUUCUCUGCAACAAAUGUCACAAAACUUGUAUCGAAUAUGAUUCAAUACAAAUCAGAUUGCAAGUUAUAAAAUCUUUAAUGUUAACACAAUUCAAAAAAACAUUGCCUCGACAUAAUUUGGAUUAUGAUACUUAUAAUGAAGAGUCAAGUCCUACGAAGUUUAGUGGAAAAAAAAUCGUACUACCCGCAUCAAAGUUGCAACCUUUACCUUCUAACUUCGUACUUAAAGGUGGAAAAUUGGGAACUACACCUUUAUCCAAUUUUACUUCGAAAUUAAAUAACCCAGAAAUAAGAAUAUUAUCACCAUCUACGUUAAAUUUAAAAGUGACAGUUGGCUCGUCAGUUCUCACACAGAGCAUAAAGACGACUGGCGUUACAAACAAACAACGCGGUCUCGCUCACACAGUGACGUCAUCCGUCACGUCAACUUUAACAUCCGUCACGUCAUCCGUCACGUCAACGAGUUUCACGAACACGAAGACGACAAGUCCUGUGUUAAGUUUCACAUUAGAGGAACCUCCUAAAGAUAUAUUUUCCGGUGAAUUAAAUCAGAGUUCUUCACCGAAAAGUGAUGAAAAUGAUGAUGAUCCUGUCAAUGAUGAUCAACCAAUGGAGAUUGAUGAAGCUUGUUCCCUCGCCGUUAUAACAACUACAGCAAAUGAGGGGAAAUUGAUCUUCGAAGAUAUAGAUAAGAAUGAUGAGGAAAAAUCGAAGUCUUUCUUUGACGUGGACUUGUUGUCCAGUCUGAGCUCCCCCGCGGGGGAGGGGGAGGGGGAGGGGAAGUACGUGGUGGGCAAACUGCAGAUGAUGCAGGGUGAUGAUGAUGAUGAUGAUCAACCUACGAUAGUAAUGGGAGGUGAGAACGGGUCAAUAAUACGUGUGAUGUCGGGACAGAAGUUUCUGUGCGGGACAGGGGAGAUAUCUCUGGUGAUGCCCGAGGAAGCUGACCUGGAAGGGCAGGAUACACAAGAUUCAAACGAGGAGUCCCAGUUCGAGCUGCAUGUGUCUGGAGAUGAGGAAACGGCUAACGCCAUCAUUGCGGCCGCGCAGGAACAGGGCGGGGCAUUUAUUAAAGUGGAAUCUGGAGAAAUGUUUCGAGUUGAGUCAGUUCAGAGCAAAACUGACGAUGAUGUGUCUGAUGAAGACGACGCUAUGUUGUUAGACAUAGUAGCUCGGGAGAACGGACAAUUUAAAUGUUUAAUUUGCGAAAGAAACGAUUCAGAAGGUGCUCAGUUUGUUGGCUCUGCGGCGAACAUGGCGCAGCACAUGCGCAGUGCUCACGGCGCUCGUAUACACAUCUGCGCACUCUGCGGCCUCAUACUGCGCAAGAAGGCUGACUACCUCGCACACCUCAGCAAACACAAAAAUCUUGUACAUACGGACAAAAGUAAAAUACAUGAGUGUAACGUUUGCCAGAAGAAGUACAAUUCUAAAUCAACGUUGGCAGAACACAUGCACACACACACAGGCUCCAAACCUCACACAUGCUCUGUUUGUAUCAAGAGUUUUGCAUCGAAAUAUACUCUGCAGUCACAUCUCAAGACUCAUCUGGACAGGCCGCGUCCCUUCAAAUGUACUCAAUGCGGCAAGUCGUUCUUAACGCAGCAGAAUUUAAACCAACACGAGAAAACUCACUCUGGAGUUAAAGAAUUCAUCUGUAAAGUUUGUGGUAAGGCAUUUGGUGCUCUGCACAACCUGGAGGUGCACGGUGUGGUGCACUCCGGCAACAAACCCUUCGUCUGCGGCGUCUGCUCCAAGGGCUUCGCGAGAAGAGCUGAAGUUAGAGACCAUAUGAGGAUACAUACUGGAGAGCGACCGUUCUCGUGUGAGGAGUGCGGGGCGAGGUUCACUCAGCGCUCCAACUUACACUCACACCGACGAGCAACACAUCUAGAUGACAAGCGUCAUGUCUGUCAUCUCUGUCCCAAGAGGUUCAAACGACGACGGUUGUUGGAUUACCACGUGAAGGCGUCUCACACAGGUGAGAGGCCGCUGCAGUGCGAAGUGUGUCAGGCAUCCUUCGUAUAUCCUGAACACUUCAAGAAACACAUGCGCAUACACAGCGGGGAGAAACCAUAUAGUUGUGAGGUGUGCGGUCGUCAGUUCAACACACGAGACAAUCUGAACACACACCGCUACGUGCACAGCGACAAGAAGCCGUACGAGUGUGUCGUGUGCUCCGCCGGGUACAUGCGCAAACAGCAGCUCUACCAUCACAUGAAGAACACCGGACAUCUCGCUGAGUCAAUAGUUGUCAAUCAGCCGCGCAUAUUGAAGGUGCCGCAAAAUGUGGUGACGUCAGCGGGAACAAUCAUCAUAGAUCCAGGGAAAGAGGAAGAUACAGCUGAUAUCAGGAGUUCUGGAAUCUUUGAAGAAACCCAAGAGGAAAAUGUGAAACCUAUAGAAAAUUCCACACUGGAUAUAAUACAAAAUAACGAAGUUCAACCAUUAAUAACUUUACAUAAUAUAUCAACUGAAAAAGACAAUUCCAUAUUAGAAACAAUAUCAGAGGAACAAUUAACUGAAGAUAAUGCGCAAAUAACAACAGUAGAUGCGACAAAUGCAAAUGUCACAAGACUCAUACAAUUUCAAUUACCUGACGGAACAAGUGGAUGGCUCGCUGUAUGAUAUAAAAAAUAGAAUUAUGUCUAUAACAAUUAUUAAAUUAUU